AUGAAUUAUUCAAAGUGUUCAUCUUGUAAUCAAAACAUACCUAUACUCAAUUGUAAAACGUGCUAACUCAUUUUAUGUUUCUUUUGUGAUGAAAAUCUUCAUUCUUAAAAACAUAAUCAUUUAACAACUACUUUAAUAUUUUCAUCCUAAUUUCCAACUUAAUCUUAUCAAAAUAAUCUAAAUCAAACCAUUUAAAUCAAAAAACUAGAGCUUUAGUAACUUAAAGAUAAAGAGCAGUAAAUUGCUAAAAAUUAUCAAGAUAAAAUGUUACAAGCUUAAAAAAAAUAUGAAUAACAGAUUAAUUUACUCGAACAAAGAUGUAUCAUUUAUGUCCAUACUUUUUAGUAUAAUAAGCAUCUACAUUUAUGGAUCAAAUGUAGAAUCAAGUUGAAGAUCUCGAUGUUGAUAAAAUGUAAAAUGAAUUAGAAAGUUUAGAUAAAAGUUUGAAAAUAGAUAUAAAAAAGGCAGAAGAAGAAUAAACUAUUCUUUUAGAAAAAACACAAAAAGUUGAUUAACUUCUUGAAAGAUUAAAAAAAGCAACAGAUAUAGAAUAAUAACAAAUUUAAAAAAUGAAUGAAGUAUUAACAGUUUUUAAAGCUUGUUCUGAACAAUUACAAAAAGAAAAAGUAUAUCUAAUUAAUCCAUUCUUAUCUAGGAUUUGUUAAUGUUGGAUAAUGAAAAGCUUAUUGGAGAAGUUGAAAUUUUUGCUAAAUUUUUUGAUGAAAAUGGUGCCCUCUUAGAAGAAUUAAGUAAAGGAAAAAAUGAGUAAUUAUAAUAAUGA